CGGAUGCUACUUGAGGUUCCCUUCCAACCCAAACCACCCUCUCAUUCUAUCAUCUCCUCAAGCCUCCGUCUGCAACCACCUUCGCCCCCAUGAUGCCACCUUCUCUCGCAUCAGCCUCCAGCUUCUCCGGGACAUGCUCUGCUCCCAGACUCGUUGCCCCUGCCUCCUUCACUUCGGUAUCAACAAUUAUUUCAGAUAUAUCCAGAAUUUCCUCCUGCACAACUUCUACAGUGCUUGCACCUGGGACCAUGUUUGUCUAUAUGCUCGUGCCUGCUUUUAACGCAUGGAUAUACUGCCAUGUGAGACGAAACGUUUUGCUCCUCACUGAGCCUCGUCCAAACAUCUCAAUAUCGAAUGACCAUCCUCAUUCCACAGCAAUGGCCACUCAGGGAGAGAAACCAGCUACAGCUUGGGCUGGGUCAGCCCAGUACUGCUCGCUCAGCCUUACUCGAGCCAAGGGCCACAGCUAAAGGGAGACAGGCAUGACUGAGCCCAACCCCUUGGCACCAUGUCAAGGGCUGAGCCUGGCUAUGGCAUAGCCCAUUCUGCCACCAUUCCUGGCCCACACCACAGCCCGAACUUGUUUGGAAUGGAAGGAGGAAGUCUUUGCCUUGAAAGACAGUGAGGAGAUCGAUUGAUGGCAAUGGGAAGAGGAGGAGCAGUUAUUAACUGCAUUAAUAUGUAAGGGCAUAUAAGUGCAUUAUGGAGGCUGUCUGUAGUGCCCCUCAUGGAGGGGGAAGGUCCCAGUGGACUACGUAUGACUCAUGCAGGUCAACAUGUAUUUAUCACAUUAUUUAUUUAUUUAUUAUUUAAUUUAUUUGUAUUUAUUUGUUCCUUUGUUUAUUCACUUUUUUUUUUUUUUUCCAGAAAUAAAGUCUAUGUUAAAAAGAAAGACGAGGAGAGGCACUUAUCCUGCACAUAUGCCACAAGGCAGGUUUUUUUUCAGGCAGGCCUCUUGCUGUAUGCACACUUAAGGGUCCUUUAUUCACCAGCACCUCUGAACUGCCCAGCACUAUCACGGACCAUGGGGUUGCCAUGGUCUGGCACACCUCUUCAGUCACCAAGCCCAAGGGCAUCUCCCACGUACGCUAGAUCCUGGCAGUGCAAGUCCACUGUAGUAAUAUGUUUUCCCCAUGAACUCUGCUUCUGCCAGCACUCAACCACUCUCACCACUCCUCUCUCACUACCAAGGUGUGAAAGCCACCUUCAACACCCUCUGAAACCAUCAGUCUAGUACUGCCAGCUUCUCAGCAACAUCCUGGGGCUGCUUGGGGCUUACCAGGGAUGCAUGGACAAAAAGCAUAUAAAAAGAAAGGGGGGGGAUCAACCGUAGCCUGUCAAGAUUCAACAAAGAGCUGCACACUGAUGCUAAUAACUCCAUGCAGGAAGCAGUGAAAAAUAAUGAAAAAAAAUAAAGAUCCCCAGGGCCUACCCAUUGCUCACCUACCACCACCACUACUUUGAACUUCUACAUCCCAACAGACCCUUCAAAAGAGCAACAUCCUCUGUACAGCACUACCCAAGACACCCUAACCCAGCCAGCUCACACGGACACAGAGUACCACACAAAGUUAACUGACCACAAAUCAUCUCACUGGCUUCUUCUUCACCCUUUGACCAUCACCACAAAAAACACUUCCUUCAGGUACUAUGCCCACCACAAGAAACCCAGAAUGAGACAACACCGAGACCCAAUAACUCUGGCCUCCUGAAAAAGUCCAAGAGGCUGUUCCCUGUGCUCAAACCACCUCCAUGUCACCACUGUGAAGACAAUGCUCUGUGCUAAAGCAAGACACACCCCUUACAGUUAGGAAGUGAGGAAACAAGUUGGAUCUCAGCAACUACAGGAAAGCACAAACAAGUUUUUAGAAUGUGCAGGGAGAAAAUUAAAAAGGCAAAGCCCAACUUGACCACUGCAGUAAAAGAGAACAA